UUUACCCUCUUUUUUCUACAGAGACCACUGUUUCAGUCUUCACAUAAGAAAAUGGUGUCCACAAGCAAUGGAAACCUUGAGGAAGAUAGCAAGCAGCAGCCUGAAUAUGAUAGGAGAAGUGAAGUUGAAGCUUUUGAAGAUUCAAAAGCCGGUGUAAAGGGCCUCUUUGAUGCUGGCCUCACAAAGAUUCCACGGAUUUUUCAUAACAAAAAGGCCAUCCUCGAAAACAACUCAGCUGCUGAUGCUGCUAACAUGAUUAUUCCAGUCAUAGACUUUGAAGGCUUGGGGGGCAGUAGAAGAGUUGAAAUUGUUAACAUGAUUAGGGAUGCCUGUGGAAGCUGGGGUUUUUUCCAGGUGAUUAACCAUGGUAUUCCGCAGGAUAUGAUGGACAAAAUGCUUCAAAAUAUACGCCAUUUUCAUGAGCAAGACUUUGAGGCGAAGAAACCAUUCCAUUCACGUGAUGUGAAGAAGAAGGUCACAUACAAUAGCAAUUUUGAUUUGCUGGUGGCACCAACAGCUAAUUGGAGGUACAGCCUUUACUGUGUCAUGGCUCCCAAUCCCCCUCAACCUGAAGAAUUCCCUUAUAUCUGCAGGGACAUCAUGAUCAAAUAUGGAGAACAUGUGAUGAGUUUGGGUUGUACUCUGUUUGAAUUGUUAUCAGAAGCUCUUGGGCUUGAUCCAGAUCACUUGAAAGGAAUGGGUUGUUCAGAGGGGCUUUACAUGAUUGGCCAUUAUUAUCCUCCCUGCCCUGAACCGGAUUUAACUUUAGGGUUUAGCAGCCACACUGAUAGUGGCUUCCUGGGUGUUGUUUUACAAGAUCAAAUGGGUGGCCUCCAAGUCCUUCAUCAAGAUGUGUGGGUUGAUGUUCCUCUCUUGCCUGGAUCACUGAUAGUAAACAUUGGAGAUACGUUACAGCUUCUCACAAAUGAUAAGUUCAAAAGUGUUCAUCACAGAGUGGUAGCAAAGCAGAUAGGUCCCAGAAUCUCGGUGGCAAGUUUUUUCAGAAUGCAUUUUCAGGAAGGCAGCGACUCAAAAUCACUUGGUCCAAUGAAAGAGUUGUUAUCGGAAGAAAAGCCGGCAAUCUACCGAGAGACCAACAUGGAUGAGGUUUUAAUGGUUCGGUACAACAAAGGGCUUGAUGGAAGUUCUUUGCUAUCGCAUUUCAAAUUAACGGAGCUGACCCUGCACUGUCCUUCCGACGAUCUCCGACCACCGGUCAUAGAUCUCGCCGGCGUCGGAGUCGAGGACCAGCGCGUGAAGAUCGUCGAUCAAGUGAGGGAGGCGUCGCGAGAGUGGGGCAUUUUCCUGGUCACGAAUCAUGGGAUCCCGUCCGGCGUCCUGGACGGAAUGAUCGACGGGAUUCGCAGGUUUCACGAACAGGACGGUGAGAUUAAGAAAACGUUUUACUCUCGCGAGCAGACCAGACGGGUGAAAUACUCGAGCAACAUUGACCUGUUUCAGUCACGCGCUGCGAAUUGGAGAGACACGUUGACCAUUUCCUUGUCGGUUUCACAACAUCUUGAACCGGAGGAAUUACCGGAAAUUUGCAGAAAUGUAUCAAUGGAGUACAUAACUCAAGUUACAAGGGUAGGAGAAAUAGUAUUUGAGUUGCUAUCGGAAGCUUUGGGCCUGAAACCGAGUUACUUGAACGAGUUGGAGUGUGCGAGAGGGCGCACGUUUGUGUGCCACUACUAUCCGCCGUGCCCGCAGCCGGAGCUAACUUUGGGCGCCACCAAGCACACCGACCCUGCUUUUCUAACUAUUUUACUACAAGACCAAAUCCAGGCUCUCCAGGUCUUGCACGACAACCUUUGGAUCAACGUGCAACCCGUUCCAGGAGCCCUCAUCAUAAACAUCGGAGACCUUCUCCAGAUUUUAUCCAACGACGAGUUUGUGAGUCCUAUGCAUAGAGUGAUUGCUAACAAGGAGGCACCAAGAACUUCAGUGGCAUCCUUCUUCACUGGUGCUGUUGAGCCUCCGACAACCUACGGUCCCAUCAAAGAGCUCACCUCGGAAGGAGGAACUCCGGCGUUGUACAAGGAAUUUACUGUGCGGGAAUACUUGAAUAAGUUCUUUGGAAGGGCUAUUAAUGAAUCUGGUCUUCAACUUUUUAGGCUGUGACCAAAAUCCCAUCAUGGGUUUGUACCAAGUAACAUGAAAUUGAUGCAUCGUUACCGUUGCCUAAACUCAAACUUUAAUUAGUAUGUGUUAAUAUUCUUAGAGAACUACACAUUUAACCGGCGUGGAGAUUCCUAUAACAUCUAGACUCUCUUGUGUCAAAAGUUGUUAAUGUUAAGGCAAUACACUUUCACCACUCCAUAUUUUUACUCA